UGACUAGGCAUCUCGCAUCGAUCUACACUCGACCAAGGUCGCGGCGCAUCGCUUUCUCGGCGAAACUUACGCCCACGAGGUAGGUCGGUAUCGUUGGUGAUGGAGCGUUGCUGCGACAACAACGACUUGUUUGAUGCUGCUGAGGGUACAUGUGCGCCCGCGCUGAGUGCCUCGGUGUUUGCUUGAACACGCUACUGUUUAUGGAUGCGUCGAGACCGCGACGGAACGUCAGCGAUACCACCACGGAUGCUUGCACACAGCCACCUAUGGAUCUGAAUUCUCGAUAUCGUUUUGCGUUUGCCAACGCUGUGGCGACAACUUCAUGGACGCGUUCUACGUCCGCGCUGCAAUGCUUGUUCCACCGCGUCAUGCUUCCAAUCUGUAGAAGGACCGCCCCUCGUUGAAUGAUCACCACAAGGGGCGGCUCUCGCGAUCCUUGUCUCGAAUCAUGCUCAUAUGCUAAAUAAACUAGACCUACACGGACUACACGACCCUUUCGCAUGGCACGGUUGCUUCGCUGACGUCGAGGACUUCGACAACGUCGAAUGACGCGGGCGGACUUCGAGGCGUCAAGAUGUUGGUCAUCGUGGACAGCAUCAUGGUCUGCAACGCGAUCGACUCGUUCACUUCGUCCAUGCGCGCUGCAAUCUCUUCCUUGGACGACGACGCCGUGAGCAAGUUGAAGCUGUUGAUGCGGCUCAUUUGAGACCGGUACGAUGCUGACACGGUCGAGAGCGGCAGGUCGUGCAUAGGGUCCGCACACGUCGACAUCCACGACGUGCUCAAGUUUGAAAAACUGUCCUCGUCGCGCGCCGACUUCCACCCUGGGACGAACACCAUGACACGAGUUGCAAGACGUAUUCGGCGACGUACAAUCGGCGAUCGAGGCGGUGUUCGGGGCAUCCACACGGACGAGCGUUUCCAGCGCCGACAUGGUGGGGUGCAACGUGUCGAGCGCAUGGCGGACAGAUUGGACGGGCGGCGACGUUGGUUUCCUCGAGUCGCCCCGUGCGCGGACCCAGCACUUCAUGCAAAAUUUCUCUUCGGUCAGCGACUUGGCCUUCUUCACCGACUUGUGCUGCUUCGACUUGGACGAGCGGUCCACACAGUAGAGCUUGACCAAGCACCCCCCGCACAUGACGUGGCCACAGCACCGGCAAUGGUGGUGGCGAUUCCAAAACUGGCACUUCUUUUCGCACACGUUGCAGCGUUUCCUGCGGCACACAUCGUGAGCUGCAUGUUGCAGGGACCAGUGUGGCAGAUGUGCUCGACUGGCCGACGGCACUGCACGUACGUGGCAAAGUCCCAUUCAGGGGCAAACGCUCCCGUGGUCAGCACGAGCGACUCGUACAGCGACGAUUCUUGCAGCAGCACUCCGACGUCUUUGACUAAGAGCGUUUGGAUGGUCAUGCUCAUGCCUCGCCACGCCGUCAUCUUCGGAAGGUGCUGCUGGGCGCUUCCGUCCGUGAAGAAAUGGGCGCGGACCAACACAUCGACGCCAGCGCUGUCCGGCCGCGCCCGGUACAGCUUGACGCACGACACUGCUUCCGUCGGGCAUGAUGUCGAUGCCGCCAAGAUCGGCUCGGUUAGCACAAAAAACGUCACACGUCCGUCGGGGUCAACGCAUGUCCCACUAAACUCUAGGAACAAGUACGACAAGGGCGGUUUGUUGGCCGCGACUGUGACCUGGAGCGACUUGACGCCUAAGAAUUGGCCGGGAUCGUCUUUGGUGCGAGUCGAGUGGACGUUGAGCACUGCAGCGUCGAACAAGGUAGACCCGUGGAGAACUGCGGCCAUGGCAAGGUAGUCGCGGGAAUUGUCCGCGUACAAUCCUUCGCGGAUUGACGAGAGGGUCGUGUGGUGGCAGCCAAGGCACACGACCAUGCGCUUCGGCGGGGACGAAUGCGACGACGACAGCGACCUUGAGCACACGCGCCACCCGUGCCGGUCGACGUCGACCGACCAGCCCUUCUUGACCGAGUGGCGCGUCCACUUGGCUGUGUCGGCCAACGCUUUCUUGAGAAUGAACUCCAUGUGCCGCGCAUGGGCAGCAUAUUCGUCCGCAGAUAUGUCCACCCGCAUGUGCCAAUAAACGAAAGGUGAAGUGGCGAAAUGCCACACAAUCCAGAGCCGUCCCGCCGAGUUUAUCGGCUUUUAUGGACGUGAAUCGGUCAAAAAAGUGCGCUGUCUCGCCACUGUCACGUUCAAGAUAUCGAAUCCGCUUGAAAUUUGAAGACAUGUCCUCGACCCACCCCUAUUUUGACCAGAGUCAGGCCAAGAUCGUCAUGCUGUAUCCUUUUUCACCUUCUCAUGCUUUCGACCGUACAUCCACCACCAUAGGAUCAUCAACGAUGUCGACGUCGACAUGCGAGGCGCCGCCGGGGCACGUUCAAGGAAUACUGGCGCCUUGCAGGCGCAUGCACAACGGCGCUUGGACCUGUUUGCUUUGUCAAGCGCUGCGGGUGGAUCGCAAGAAGUAUGACUCGAUCGACGUUGUAAAGGUGGGGCCGACGUUUGGCAGUGUGAAUCAACGUCGUUCCGAAGCCAUCUCUCUGAGCAGAACGACAUCCAGCAAUGGCCUCGUGGUGCCACUCACCGUCCCACGAAAGCGCACCGCCCGGACAAACAUAUGCUCCAACGCAGACGACGCGACAAAUUCACCCGUUGAGCGACUUGUUGUCGUGCACAGCGACUCAGGAGUACCUUGAGAGUGUCAUCAUGGGUGUCGGCAAGGCUAUCGACUCGUGGUUGCCCGUGCGACGGCACCCGAGUCCGCUGCGAUGCCAAGUGUUCGGACCGAUCGGUGUACAAUGCUAUGUCCGUGGCUCAUCGAUCCAACUCUUCCCGAGCCUGCUUACUGUCUUUUUCCUUACAGGCCGCAACGACGACGCUUGUUGACGUGCUUCGAUGCUCUUCGAUGAACCCACCCGCCGCGCAUCUGUGUGUCGCUCGAUGCGUGAGAUCUCAUGGCCUGCAUCACAAUCGCCAAGCAGUCGUCACAGCCCCCAUGUCGCGACCAGAUGAUGCCGAGCCGGUCUCUGCCCCGAUGCCAUGGGCUGGUUGUGCAAUUGUGUGGUGUGCGGACCUGAACAAACACUCUUUGCACGAUUUUCGCGAUUUUCAUUCGGAUUUUUGCGAGAAAUGCAGAAAUAUUUCGAGCAAUUGCGCCAAACCAACGUCGUGGACAAAGCUGGACAAUUGCGAUGCCGACGACAUCUACGUCAGACUUUGUCGACGUCUCGAGCGACUGCAGGAGAAGCAUGGGGCUCACGGCCGGAGCGAUUGCCCUACUCGGGUUUGGAGAAGCGUGUCUUCGAUGCCGCCGUCCUGUACCGCUCGGUCUCGCGUGUCGGUUUGCGGUGUUCAACCUCGUCCCGAGUUUCGUGUGGAAGUCAAUCGAUAUGUCCGUCAUUUUCAAAUCGGCCAAAGUUUCGUUGGCCGAAGCAGUCGACGCGUCCGUGCUCUCCGAGACACUUCGUUCCUUCCGCUACAUUGUUGCGAGUAGCAGUGUACUGUACCACUUCGUCCACCUCCGCGACUCGAGAGCGUCGUCGGAAAAGGUCGUACGCCUCACAACCUCCACGUCCCGCUUGACUCCACACUCCGUCCAAGCACACGGAGACCACUUUGCCAUUGUAGAAAUCGAACGUGCCACGCCAAACGUCACCCAGCUUGACAUGCAGCAGUGGUGUUUACACCAGCUCGACGCGACACGGAGCGAUGUGUUCCUGGUGGAAGCCGACCUGUCUUCGGUAACUUGCGCGGCGCAGGCCACGGCAAUCCUAGAAAAAGUGCGCCAUGUCAUUGCACCUUUCCGUGGUCCCCGUGCGUUCAUGCGCCGCAUGGAAGCAGUCGUGGUCCUCUUGGCGUCACCCAGCACAGCCCCCGAGAUGCUCGUCGACCGGGACUGGGACAUAUCUGUGAACUCGGCUUCGAUUGUGUCAACUCACUUGCUCGACAUGCUGGAAGCCUCUUGCUCGCGGACGUCCAAUCCUAGCCCCGACGACGCAGACAACGACGCGAUCGAGAAACCUGCCCUUGACCACCCCGUGAUCAUUCACACCGAGUCGAUGGACCAGUACCAAGCACUGGCGCAUGGCCUUCUCCAAGCCCAAAGGAUACCGUUGCGCUAUCGAGAAGGCGACCGCGCCUCCACCGACCCAGCCGCCGUCCACGUCAUUGCCUUCCAGAAAGCAUCCAGUGCGGUGGAGCGCAUGCAUGUGCUGAUGGACUUGGGUGCGUUGGUCCCAAACAACUGGACUUGCCUCACGACUGGGUAGAUGUGGACCCGGCAAACAUUUGCGUCGUAACGGACGUGGCGCUGCAUGACGUAGCGCCGUCCGUCCAUGUCCUGGACGUUUCCCAGCUUUAUGACGACGCUCUACGGGCCAUUCGAAGCCAGCUGCGAUGCGGCAUGACGUGUGACGAGGUGCAAGAUGGUCUCCGUCUUCGGUAUGGCCCCGUGAACUCGAUCACAGCGCCUGGAUUCCGUCGCGACAAGUAUUCUGCGCUUUGACUUGGCCACAUCCCCUCUUGGACAGCCAAGCGAUGGAACUCGUUGACGCGCAUCCAUAUGCAAAUAAUCAUUACGUCAUGCUUGGUCGAUACUUUUUCGCUUCGACCGUGCUGUG